AUGUUGACAACCUCAGAACUGCACGACAUCGCGAAGAAGGCAGAGCGCAUCUUCGCGCGAUACGGCCUCCCAUGCUGCCUCACGGGCGGUGUAGCUUGCCAGCUGUACGGCACGACACGUCUUCCCAACGAUGUAGAUCUGGUCGUCCUCACGACGACGUACCAGCAGGAGGAGCUGAAGCGCAUGCUCGUGAAGGCCGACCCGCAGUUCUACUUGGUCUCAUCGAAGGACCCCUACGCGACCUACAAAGUCCUUUGGUACCGGUUCGGAACCAUAUACUCGGGCUUCGCGCGGCGGUGCAAGGUGGACCUGCUCGCGCCGGGUAUCAUGAACAUACCUGACGUGCCCAAGAGGUACAUCGAGACAAUCGGCGGCCUGCCCGCGAUGCCGCUCAUGCUGCUGCUGUUCAUGAAGCUGCAGGCGCGGACAGACCAUCGCGACUCGCCGAAGGACUUCAUGCACCCGAAGCAGUGGAGCGACGUGUUCGAUAUCAAUCAGCUGCUCGACAUCGCCUCCUGUCGUGGGGAAACGAUCAGGGAGAAGACGAAGUGGAUGCCUCAGAGCUUCGUUGAUGCGGCUCUGAGCAGAAUCAGAGAGUAUAUUGCCAAUAUACCUGAGUCGAAGUCGAAAUGGAGAGCCAUUGGAUAUGACAGGGUGCAAAGUAUGCCCAGGUGA